GUAGGGACAUAUUUGGGUUGGGCCCAAUUAAUAGACAACCUGUUUAAAUAUAUGAUUUUUAUGACAACUUUGUACUAAGUAGUUUAGUUUUCAGAUUUAUUGGAGUGGAGUUGAAUAGCUUGCCUUCCAAUCCCGAGUUACAGUAGUGGUAGUCCACAAUGCAGGCAACUCAAUUCCCAAUGGAGGAGGUGACAACAUCGCCCCGUCUAAACCUCGACAAACCAAGAUGGGAUCAAACAAAGUUUGUUGGUCGUCUCAAACAUUUUUUUAAUAUCACAGACCCCAGAACUGCCUUGUGUUCAGAAAAGGAAUUGGAUGAUGCAAAACAGUUGGUAGAACAAUACAAACUUGGUCUUGAGCCCCCUGGUACAAAAGAAGAGCAACUAUGGUAUGCACAGAAACUUUACAUGUCAGCAUUUCAUCCGGAUACAGGUGAUAAACAAAAUGUGAUUGGUCGAAUGUCUUUUCAGGUUCCAGGUGGUAUGCUAAUUACAGGUGUAAUGCUACAAUUUUAUAAAACAGUGCCUGCAGUUGUAUUUUGGCAGUGGGUUAACCAGUCUUUCAAUGCUCUUGUUAACUAUACCAACAGAAAUGCUAAAUCAGAGACCACACCAAGAGAGAUUGGUUUAGCAUAUGUUUCAGCAACUAGUAGUGCCUUGGUUACCGCCCUUUCACUAAAUUCAUUAACCAAGAAAGCGCCACCUAUUGUUGGUCGUUAUGUUCCUUUUGCUGCAGUUGCAGCAGCAAAUUGUGUGAAUGUACCAAUGAUGAGGCAGAAGGAACUAAAGAAUGGUAUUGCAGUCUAUGAUGAACAUGGUACAGAGCUUGGCAAGUCAAAGAAAGCAGCUCAAAAAGGAAUUAGACAAGUUGUUAUUUCAAGAAUUACAAUGGCUGCUCCAGGAAUGUUCUUCUGUUUAUGACCCCCGCUGCUUGUUCCAUUUAUCCGCAAACAUGUGAGAUGGAAGUGAGCAAGAUUGAACCAGAGUUAGCUGAGUCAAUUCAUCAACGCUUUGGAGACAAAAUUGAUAAAGUUUACUUCAACAAAGGACUAUGAUUUAGAAUAUUGUUAAUGCUUCUAAAUUUAUUGAUUUAAUGACUUAUUUACACUAGACAAAAUGUUAUACUGGAUACAUAAGAAGAAUUUAGCUAGGGUCCUCUGAUUCAUCGUAUCUAUCUGAAUGCGCAUCCAUGUAAGGUUAGCAUGCAUCUAUGUAAUAUCUGAUUAAAACAAACAUCAAAGGAACCUGCAACACUCCUGAGAUGUGUCCAAGAGUCUUCCAGAAAUCGGCACCUCCUCCUCCUCAAUUUUCUUCCAGAAAUUUACCAAUCUCCCACCAAUUCAGAAUAUUAUACUUCAGGCAAAACUCCGGACACAACCCGGGAUUUUGCAAUACCUGGGCUAGAAACUCCCGAGUUGUGGUUGGUGUAAACGUCAAAAAAUACUACACGGGUUGCCGAACAUCCUGGGAUCGAUGUGCGGGAUGCAUUCAACAUUGGACAACCCGCGUGCAUUCCAAAGUCAUCAGUGUAAACAGCACCGAAUUUGAUUCCGGAAUUAGGACUUACCUGGCGCCUACCGCAGCCUUGGUCGGGUAGACCUAAACUUUGCUAACAAUUUUUCAAAUUAAACCCUCUGCGCUCCAGUAUAGACUUGAUAUGAAAACUGCUGAUUACAUUAGCAUAAUUUAAAAACAAUCUGCAGAUACAUUGCUUCAAUAUUUACAAUAAUUGCAGCUUCUUGACGACGAGGAACUAUAGCUAAGUGAUGAUCGCCGUUGCAACAAAAAUUGAGGGCAGUAUUUGAACCCGAGUUCGUUGCCAGUGAAAAAUGGGAGCAACUCGGGAUCAACCCAGACUUUUUGGUUCGAUGUAAUAAUAAUAUUCAUUGUUCUUUAAGAAUAUACACUCUCUGUGUUAGAAUCAGGGUGUUGUAAUAAUAAACAGAAUCAGUACUUGUUACUCAAGCACCUCAAGUUACUCUUUAAAGAUGCUACUCUAUUUUAUAAUGCAUGGACAUGUUAUUUGUGUCAAAGAACACAUAAAACAGUGAAAAAAUUGUUUAACGGGUUCGUAGGAAGAUUUGAAUGACAACAUUAGCAUGGAUCCAUCCCAAGGAAGAUCGUCCGGCAUGGAUGGGUUCAUGGUAAUGCUCAUAAAUUAAUAUAGUGUGAUAACUAGUAUUAACGAAAAAUGAAUUAGUAUUACAGAAGUUAAUGUAAUAUUUUAAGUAUAAGUUAUCAUGGGAAUUAUGAAACUUUUAAAUUUUAAUACAUCAAAUACAUUUAAUAAAAAAAUUCAGGGAUUUAUAAAAUUACUUGACUGUAUUUUGAUUUAUGAAAACAAAGUGUAUUGUAUCUAAUAAGAGAUUUCAGCAGGGAGUUAUUAUUAAAUAUAAUGAACUCCCUGAUUGAAGUUUUUUACAUUAAAUGUUUAAUAGGUAAGUGUUAAUAAUUACUGUAAUUGCAUCAGUGAUAAUUCUUAGGAAGUGGAAAACUGUGUAUUAUUGAUUCAGUAUAAUGAUCAGGAAAAUAAUAGCAGGCGCUCUGAAAGAAUAUUAAUAUUUGAUACUUUAUAAGGUAGUUUUGGGUGGUUUGCUCUUGUGCUUAUAUGCUGUUUAGUGCAUUGUAAUAAUAUACAUAUCAAAAGACCAACUGAA